CGAGGCCGACUCUAGAUGGCCGUAGCCCACGCCACAGCAAGUCCGGGGAGCGGCCCGGCUGCUGCCCCCGAAAGGCCCGGAGGCGCCCGUGGUCACGUGAUCGGAGACUUCCUCUCCGGACCUGGCGGGAGACCCGGAAGCGGGCGGCGGGGACUGGGCGGGGGAAGAAUGACCACAGCCAUCAGUCCUCAUAAUCCACUCUGCACAGCUGAUUUGGGCGCUCAGUAUGUCACCUGCACUCCUCAGUAUGACAAAAAACACCAAACUUUUUAUGAUGAGCUGUUAGCACAUGGCGUUUUGAAGCCUCUGGUCUCUCCUAUUGAAGGAACGAUGAUGAAAGAAGGAGAUUGUAACUUUGUGGCACCUCAAGGAGUUUCUUCGGUUGUUAAGCACUACUUGAACCAAUCAGGUGCGGAAGUCUACUUCAGACGCUGUGUUACUCAGAUCAACCUGAGAAAUGGCAAGUGGGAAGUCUUCAAGGAAACUGGCUCCACUGAGCUGUUUGACCUUGUUGUCCUCACGAUGCCAAUUCCUCGGAUUCUGCAGCUUCAAGGGCACUUUGUGAACUUAAUUAGUGAAUGCCAAAGACAGCAACUGGAGUCUGUGAACUACUCCUCUCGCUAUGCUCUGGGUCUCUUUUAUGAAGCUGGCACGAAGAUUGAUGUCCCUUGGGCUGGGAAGUACAUUACCAGUAAUCCCUGCAUACGCUUUGUCUCCAUCGAUAAUAAGAAGCGCAAUAUAGAGUCAUCAGAAAUCGGGCCUUCCCUGGUGAUUCACACCACAGUCCCAUUUGGAGUUACACACUUGGAACACAGCAUUGAGGAUGUACAGGAGUUAAUCCUUCAGCAGCUGGAAAACAUUUUGCCAGGUUUGCCUCAGCCAGUUGCUGUCAAAUGCCACAAAUGGAGAUAUUCACAGAAAGACUAUCAUUUCUUCAAAACCAAGGAAACUGAUGCCCAUAUUCAUCAGAGGAUUUUCCUAACCAGUUACGAAGAUUCUGACUCUUCAUCCAGUGGAUGACAUCGGUGAUGAACUGUGUCCUCCUCAGGGAGUUGUCCAACGAAAUGUGAUUUUAAACAUCUGUCAGCUAAAUCAGAGCUCCAAAUUUAGCAGUUGGGAACAUCAUGCGGAUUUGUGAUACUCGCUGGAGAACGCUGGCUGCAGAAACCAAGUUCACAGGAGACAGCCGGGUGGUACUCUGGUUGGUAAUUUCGUCUAUGAUACAUUUAAUUUGGCUGUACAUUUUUGAAAGUUAUGUAAAGGGAAAGAAUGACCAUUGUCUUGCAAAGGACUUCUAAACUGCUGUAAGAUCAAUAGGGAGGAGGGAAACCUCUACACUGGCGAGCUAACUAUGUGCCUAUCCAAUCAUUUGCCUGGUUUUAUCUGAAUUUCCUGAAAUUCUAGUCUCCACCUUGGCUUUCUGUUCUAACUAAAACAACAAUCCACUCUACCCAUCCUAGAGGAGGAGAAGUUCUGCAUAGCCAUUUUUGUUGGCCACCUUUGGAGAUAUUGAAUAGUAUGCAAUCACAUGACUCCUUUGGACCUUUGGACUGAUGUUUCAAGAGAUGUGCUGCUGUUCAGAAAAACAGGCCAAGUCUUUGCUAGCCAAAUACAUGCCUGGUUGGCUAUGAAUUCUGAAUAUAAAAGGUAGGAUGUAACCAGUUCUAUCCACACCUGAGAUCAUGGUACCCUUAAAAGGAGAGAUGGGGGAGAAAUAGACGUGUAAAACUUAUCAUUAGAUUGGUUUAUCACAGUUCAUAAAGAACUGUGAAUUUGCCCUUCUUAGAUUAGUACAAAAUCAGCCUUUUACAUCCAUUUCUCCAUUAAGCCUUCCUUGAUUCCUCAGGCAGAAUUAGUUACACCAUCUUUUGAGCUGCCAAGAUAGUCUGUGUGUGCUUCUGCUGUAGUACUCAUGUGUGGUGGUGUCAGGGAGUGUUUUCAAAUGCCACUGUGAUCUCUAAGGAGGAAACCAUAGUGUACAAUUUGUGCUGUACAUGCAGGGUUAGGAUAUGCUCAGAUGGUGGUCAACUGAUACUGUAUUGAUAUGAAUCAGUGCAUGAGUAACAGCCAUUAGCUUGAGCUGCUUAAGAUUAUAUCAUCUCCAGGUAAGGAAAGGUGAUUCAGGCACAUGGUUGAUGACAAAAGGGAACCUUAUAAAUGUACCGUGGGUAAUUCACACAUGAAUUGUGCAAACACACCUUUCGACAGAGAACUGACUCAACAUAUGUGUCUCUUGCUGUAGGAGAAAGGGCAGACCUGUCAUAGAUACCAAAGGUCAGGGGAAGAUGGCCAUGAACGGGGACAUGGAGGAUCGUAGCAGCUAUAUGGAGUUGUUUGAGCGGGCUGGGGAGGACGGGGCUUUUUCUCUCAGUGUCUUCUUACUGUCAUUCGCGGUGUUUGACACUUACUCUUGGAAGGCAUGAUGAUUCUUCCUUCUAUUCACCCCAGUAACAGCCUUACCUUGGAGGCCAUGGUAGGGUAUAGUUAAAAUCAUGGACUGUAGCAUCAGGUCAAGACUCAAUUUUCAGACCACUAAGGUGAAUUAUCAUGAGAAAAUUAGUCAGCUCUGAGUUAUCUUGUUAGGGGUGAAGGGAAUAAAUGCAAGUGUGACUAAAGUAUAUGACAGAAAGCAAAUGUUCAAUAUAGUCAAAAUUAUCAUUAUCACCAUAAUUAGUGUGUACUCUUGUUUGCAAGUGAUAAAAAUGAAACAAAGGUGUCCUUAGUGAAAGUGUCUCACGCAAACCAAGCUCAGGAGUGUAUCUGAGCCUUGGGGACAUUCUGUCCCUUCUGCCCCUCCCUGCCCAUCUGCUUUCUGUUCUCCCUCAGCUGCUUUUAUUCUCAGGUUCACAAAGUCAUUCCCAAAAAGUUACCUCCCUGCUCCCCCUACCUGCCAUGUUGCAGGUCUGACUAACCAAAAAGGGACUAUCAUGCGUUCUUUUCCUGUCUUCAAUGUCACGUUUCUAGAGGAAAGAUUCAGACUCACCUUAAAUUAGUGCAACUUCUGUCCUGGUGGUGGUUAGGCAUGCAUAGACACAGGAGUCCUGUGACACUGCAGCCCCCAGGAGACACCAGAUGUAGAGGGCAGUUGGAUGUAUUGAGGAGACAUUAUCACAAGAUGGGCAGAUACUGCAAAAGUUACCUUCAAACUACUAUGAUCAUAAAAAUGAGAUAUUUAAAAAUGUGCACCAAUGUCAAAAACUCCUUAGUGAAAAAAAUACAUAUAUAUCAUGAUCAUCAGCAAUACUCACCUAUAAAGACAAAGAUUUAUAGGGAACACAAAGAAUUUGUUUCAUGCUAUAGGGAUUUUAAUGCCCUUGGGUUUAAUAACAAAAUUUUUUUGAAUGUGGAAAGCUCCUACAAGGAUUAAUAACCCUUGAGCCUUUGCCACCUAACACCUUAGCAAGGAUUAAUUGACUACUGGCUGAAAGCCAGGACCUGGGAAACAGAUCUAGACCAGGAGUGGGAGGGGGGUGGAAGGUGGGAAGUGCUAAGGGCACCGGAGGCCAAGCUCCUUGCUCUUCUCAACGUGUGGACUACGCUGAGGCCCUUGCUUCCUGGAAACGCAGAAAUCUGGCUCCGAAUUCUAAAGCCUCCAUCGUAUUUUUAUAGAACAUCAGUAAAUUCCAGGCCGGAGACAGGGCAGCUACUAGAAAACUCCUUUGGUAAUAAAAAGGCACUGGGAACAUUGUGAAAAGACACCAUGUGUUUUCAGGGCAAGACUGGUGCCAAUUUCUAAAGGCCCUACAGACAUCUUAUAGAAACGUUUCUAUAGAAACGAAUCAUCUCACGCCCACUCCAGCAGUCUCUGAGCCCAUCUGGCACUGGGUCCCCAGUUCCCACCCCUGGGCCCAGGGAGGAUAACCCGGGAAAAGUCUUUCCAUUUUGUCUUUGGAAUCCGGCUUCUUCCAGUCUGAAUGUCAAUGUGCUGCUCCUUCUAAUGUUUCCCUUGGGGGUUGGGUAGGACAGAUGGUCACUGUCAUG